CAAACUAUAUUUGCUUUUUCAUCCUUUUCUUGUGUACAGUAUUUAGUCGGGCGAUCCACUGUUCUGUCAAACCGAAAAAAAUUCAAAUAAGAAAGAAGAAGAAGAAGAAGAGAGAAGUCCAUCUGGAUUGAGUAUGGCCAUAGAUACAGUUGAAUCUCCCUCUCCUUCUCCUUCUUCUCCAUCAAUUUCCCAUUUCAGUCCACAGCGCCACUUCUAUGUCGCCGUUGACAGGCACCACUACAAGAUGGUGACGUUGCUGGAAUUGCUGGGAAUGGCGGCGGGGAGCCGUCCGGGCCUUCCAAUAGUGGUCAGCUGUAGCUCACGUGACGAGCUCGACGCCGUUUGCUCCGCCGUUUCCAGCCUUUCUUUUAUCUCAUUGGCCUCUUUAUACAGUGACCUGGCGGAAGCAGAACGUGCUUCAGUUCUAGAGAAAUUUAGGCAAGCAACAGUGAGAUGGAACCAAAAUGCUAGUGCUGAAGCAGGAGAGGACACUGAUAGUGGGAAAGAUGAGCAAAAGUCUUAUAUGAUUGUUGUAACAGAUGCAUGUCUUCCACUUCUUUCUUCUGGAGAGUCACCUAUUGCUGCUCAUGUUUUAAUAAAUUACGAGUUACCAACUAAGAAGGAGACAUACAUGAGACGCAUGACAACUUGUUUGGCAACAGAUGGGAUCGUAAUCAGUAUGGUAGUUGGUGGUGAAGUAGUAACUCUCAAAAGCAUUGAAGAUAGCAGCAACCUACUUAUAGCUGAGAUGCCCAUAAAUAUCUAUGAGAUACUCUGAAGAAGAUUGAUCUUUUUGACAAGCCAAAUGACACAUCAGAACACUUGAAUCAACAUACUUCCUCGGAUGGUUGAAUCAACUUGUCGAUGAUUGAAGCUUUUCUAGUAGUUAUUCAGUCAGAUGCAGAUUUGUGUACAUCAUGCUUCUUCCCAUUUGGUGUUCUUUGAACUAUGGUUUUGCAAAACUCUAUCAUAUCCAAUGUGAAGAUUUGUUGUGUUGUAGUUUUAUUCAUGCUUUUGUUUUAAAAUUGGGAGUGAAUAUUAAAAAUAUGUUUGGCAAAA